AUGGAAACUCCUGAGUUCAAAUCAGCGCUCGACUAUUGCGAAGUCCGAGAUUUUGCGUACCCUGUGUUUCAUCCUUUGCAUUACGGCGUUGCCAUUCCAGCUGAGCCUGAGGACGCUGUGGAUGGUUCGAAUGAAGAGAAAAGCAAUGAAUCUGAGGAGCUGAAGCAGGUUGACAUUCCGGUUGGUGAAGAUCAGGUCAUCUACUACUCGCCUGACGAUAUUUACCGCCGCGCGGUCGCCUUGUUCGACUUUGUUCCUGAAAACACCAACGAGAUCGAGCUGGUUGAGGGACAGGUCGUUUGGAUCUCAUAUAGACACGGCCAAGGGUGGCUCGUGGCUGAAAAUCUCGAAACAGGCGCAACAGGGCUGGUCCCUGAGGAAUACGUUCAGCUUAUUCCUGGUGAAGACGACGGGUGGGAAGAUGCAGAAGGCGAGGAACAGCAGGCUGUUACUGGAAACCUUACUGCAGAGACUGAAACCAGCGGUGCCGAUGGUGAGACGCAGACCGAAAUUGAAGCCGGGCUAGAAAAACUGGAUGUCAACGAUGUAAACAAAAAAAAUGCAUAG